GCUUUCUCUCCAGUCAUUCAGCGCCGCACUCCUGGUCUGGCGCUGCUGGGUCUAGGUUCCGGGUUCGUUUCUCUGGUUUCCGGGCCAGGCUGGUGUGUCCCGCUGCCUGCCGGGCGGAGCCGCGGUCCUCCGGUGUCUGGACUCGCAGGCCGAGCUCCCCCGGUCCCGUGGCUCCCUGCCGGCCCGGUUUCGGGUCGCAUCGUCCUCUCCACCCAAUGGAGUCCCAAUGCGACUACUCGAUGUACUUUCCGGCUGUGCCGCUACCGCCACGCGCCGAGCUGGCCGGGGACCCGGGCCGGUACCGGGCGCUGCCCCGGCGCAACCAUCUGUACCUGGGGGAGACCGUCCGCUUCCUGCUGGUGCUGCGCUGCCGAGGCGGCGUGGGGGCUGGCGUUGGGGGCGGCGCGGGCUUGGCAUCCCGAGGGGCCUGGACCGAGCUGGCGACCUCCCUGGCCGCCCUGGCCUCGGUCAGCGCAGGAGGAGCGCUGCCAGGGUGCGGCAGCGCCAGCGACCAGGAUGCUGACCCCCCGGGGGGAGGGGACCCGGGGGGCGGGGGUUUGUUUCGAGGUUGCAGCCCCCUUCUCACCCACGGCCAGGGCCCUGCUACCUCAGGGGGCGCGACCACGCUGCCUGUGGAAGAACCGAUUGUGUCCACAGAUGAGGUCAUCUUCCCACUCACCGUUUCACUGGAUAGACUGCCCCCAGGGACACCCAAGGCCAAGAUUGUAGUGACCGUGUGGAAGCGGGAGGUCGAGGCACCAGAAGUCAGAGAUCAAGGCUACCUGCGCUUGCUACAGACUCGAUCUCCUGGGGAGACUUUCCGUGGAGAACAGAGCGCCUUCAAGGCCCAAGUGAGCACCCUAUUGACGCUGCUGCCCCCUCCAGUUAUGAAGUGCCGGCAGUUCACUGUGGCUGGAAAACACUUGACUGUGCUCAAGGUGCUGAAUAGCUCUUCCCAGGAAGAGAUCUCCAUCUGGGAUAUCCGAAUCCUCCCCAACUUCAACGCCAGUUAUCUACCUGUCAUGCCUGAUGGCUCUGUGCUGCUGGUGGACAAUGUCUGUCACCAGUCUGGGGAAGUCUCCAUGGGAUCCUUCUGUCGGCUUCCUGGAACAUCUGGCUACUUCCCCUGUCCACUUAGUGCCCUGGAGGAACACAACUUCCUGUUCCAGCUGAGAGGGGGCGAGCAGCCCCCUCCUGGGGCCAAGGAGGGCCUUGAAGUCCCCUUGAUUGCUGUGGUUCAGUGGUCCACGCCGAAGCUGCCCUUCACCCAGAGCAUUUACACCCACUACCGCCUGCCCAGUGUCCGCCUAGACCGCCCCUGCUUUGUGAUGACUGCUUCUUGUGAGUCCCCUGUUCGGACCUACGAGCGUUUCACUGUCACCUACACGCUGCUCAACAACCUCCAAGACUUCCUUGCUGUGAGGCUUGUGUGGACCCCGGAACAUGCACAGGCUGGAAAACAGCUGUGUGAGGAGGAGCGCCGGGCCAUGCAGGCAGCCCUAGACUCCAUCGUCUGUCACACACCCCUCAAUAAUCUUGGCUUCUCCCGGAAGGGCAGCGCGCUUACCUUCAGUGUGGCCUUCCAGGCCCUGAGGACGGGGCUCUUUGAGCUGAGCCAGCACAUGAAACUGAAGCUCCAGUUCACUGCCAGCGUGUCCCACCCUCCGCCUGAAGCCCGGCCCCUGUCCCGAAAGAGCAGCCCCAGCAGUCCUGCUGUCCGGGACCUGGUGGAGAGACACCAGGCCAGCCUGGGCCGUUCUCAAUCUUUCUCCCACCAGCAGCCUUCCCGUAGCCACCUUAUGAGGUCAGGCAGUGUGAUGGAACGCAGGGCCAUCACACCCCCUGUGGCCUCUCCCGUCGGCCGUCCCCUCUACCUGCCCCCUGACAAGGCUGUGCUUUCUCUUGAUAAGAUUGCCAAGCGUGAGUGUAAAGUCUUGGUGGUGGAGCCCGUCAAGUAGCACCGUCUGCUAGCUCAACCCCGGACACGCCAGAAACCCUAAGCCCCAGAGGGUUCCUUAUUCCUAGGCUGUACCUCCCACUGUGGGCAGAGAGGCCUUGCAGGGCUGCCUGUCUGUGUCUGCUGGUGAGGGAUGAGGGCAGAAGCUGUGAAGUCACAGUGUGGCUGCAGCUCAGCCAACAGUAUUCCAUACGUUUGGGGGUGGGGGUGGGGGUUGCGAGGGGAGGGCUGGCCCCACCCCAGCAGGGCAAGGGCUGCAGGAGCUCCCUUGUCCAGUUUACAGAGUAUCCUCUCAUUCGUGUUCAAGCCUCUCUGCCGCUGCUGAUGUUCCUUUGCACUCACCCGCAGGGCUGAGAUUAGAGGGUGGUAGUGGUAAAGGGACCCAGGACAAUGACUCUCCUGUCUCAGGGGUUGGAUGGCCUCUUUCUGCCCCUCAUGUUUACGUUGGCAGCCUGAAGCACUUUAAGUUCUGUUUUGUUUUCUGUUUUUGUCUGUUCCUGUAACUUAUUCUCUGACUUCAUCUUCCAGCUGAAGUAAAACUAUUAAAAGCUGUUUGGGAGGGAG